UUUAUAUGGAGAGCACCUGAUACAAUAUUAUGAAACUCUUUAAAGUACAGAUGAUUUCUCGUAUAAAUGAUAUUAUACCAAUAUGUUGUACUAAACAGAUGAGGAAUAAUGUAUUUCAAAAGCAAGUAAUAGCAUAUUUUUUAGUUCAAAACUGAUCCAAUUUCGUAUUUAGUAUUCACUAGUUCGUCACUUCUCAAAAAUCAGUAUUGAGAAUGUUGUAUCGUGAUUUAACUGGCGAUGCUUCAUUGGCAAAUGAUCAAAUAAGCAAAGAGAUGGAAGAAAUACUACGUCUUAUGAUGUCAUUAGAGGAUCCUUCAAUAAUAAUUGAUUUAAGAAUUAAUAACGGAUUUCAAGGAUCAAAUUUGAUAUAUUUUGGAAUGAACUUGAUGGAUAUUUUAAUGAGCAUAAUAAUACUGUUAUUAAUGAACGCCGAGCAGAUACUGUUCAUAUAUUCAGGAGUUACUAGAUAGAGUUAUGGCUCGUUUAAAUACGAAAUACCAAGGACCACUCUGCCUGAUGAUGAUGCAGUUCCAUCAGAAGGAUGGAUAAGAUUGAAUUUUGCGUGAAGAUGAACUAUGAGCGUGAAUAAUAUCAAAUAUCGAGAUUAUGCAUGUUUAUCUCAGCAGAUCAUGAUAAACAUAAGGUACCAAUUGGUGAGGUCUGCAGGUGUUCAUAAUAAAAAAACUUUUGGCACCAGCGGAAGGAAAAAUUACUGCAGCCGAUCAUGACUUUACUAAGUUAUCAUUAACUCCAUCUGUUACACUAAUUUGAUAAUAUACCAGAUAAUAUAUCCGAAUAUCCGAAUCCUUUUAUAUAGGAAAGUGUAUAUAUGUUAUAAGGAUACAGUUUUUCAGCCAAGUAAGUGCUCUAAGGCAUUCAACAGAAUUUUUUAAUCUUGUGAAUCGGUAAUAUCAAAAUCAAUCUUUACCUUCAAUUUUGUCACUUUAUACUGAUGGA